UCAUAGGAUAUCAGUGCUCAGCUGGAAGCACCAGCUCCAAGUCGUCAUUGGCCGUCAGUCGUGCGCGAACACUCACACUAGACACACGUUAAACUACGUUAAAUUUUAUCUCCGUGCCGACCUUGACGCUAUUUCGACGCCACACGCCGGUUCAACGCUUGAUCAAUAGCGGUGGUGAUGAUGAACGGGCGCGCCGACCCCGGCUGGGACCAGCAGUUCCUGGCGCCGCCGCUGAAGAUCAGCGACGCCGUGAGGGCGCAGAAGAUAGCAGUCCGGCUCCAAGGUCUGCAAGUGAAUGGUGCAGUGCUCCGGAAGACCGCUGCGGUGUUCGCGGCCGAGCUGGAGGCGGGGCUGCAGGAGAGGCCCUCCAGUCUGCAGAUGGAGAACACUUAUGUGCCGGAGUUGCCUGAUGGCACUGAGCAAGGAGUGUUCCUGGCGCUGGACCUGGGCGGCACCAACUUCCGCGUGCUGCUGCUGGAGCUGGAGGCGGGCCGGCUGGUGCGGGAGGACGUCAAGCAGUACCACAUCAGUGACGAGCUCCGCCUGGGCCCCGGGGUGGACCUCUUCAACUUCCUCGCCGACUGCGUGCAGGACUUCGUCAUCACUGAGGGACUGGAGAAGGAGGAAAUGCCAUUAGGCUUCACAUUCUCCUUCCCCAUGAAGCUCCACAACAUCUCCUCCGGAGAGCUCAUAACCUGGACUAAGAGCUUCAACUGCGCGGGCAUGGCGGGCGUGGACGUGGCGGCGCUGCUGCAGACCUGUCUCCGGGAGCGAGGGCUGAAGGUCACGGUGCAGGUGCUGCUGAAUGAUACCACGGGGACCUUGGUUGCGGGGGCGCAGCUGAAUCCUGAUGUUGGGAUCGGCGUGAUCCUAGGCACGGGCUCCAACGGCUGCUACAUGGAGAAGGCGAGCCGCGUGACACACUGGGAGACAGAACACGAGAGGGUCAGCGACGUGGUGGUGGACGUGGAGUGGGGCGCGUUCGGGGACAACGGCUGUCUCGACUACCUGAGGACUGAGUAUGAUGAUGAGGUGGACGCGCGGUCGCUGCUGGCUACUAGUUUUACAUUCGAAAAGUACAUCGGUGGAAAGUACCUGGGUGACCUGCUGUCUUCUGCUCUCCGUCGUCUAGCGAGAGACGAGCUAUUCCCCGCCGCUCCAGAGCGCCUGCACCUUCUUACUGCCCACCUUAGCCUUUUUGAAGAAGAGAACGAAGCCGGCGGCACGGCGCGGACACUGGCGGUGCUACAGGAGGUGUGCGGGGCGGAGGGCGCGGGCGCGCGGUGGAGCCGCGACGACGCACUCGUCGCGCAACACGUUGCUAGACUGAUCUCAAACCGCGCUGCGCAACUUGUUGCUGUUUGCAUAUCGACUCUGAUCCAGCGGAUGGACCGCGAGCACGUAGCCGUGGCGGUGGACGGCUCGGUCUACAAGCGGCAUCCUCGACUCAAGGGGCUGCUGCAGAAGUACAUACAACUACUCGCUCCAGACCAUUCGUUUUCCCUAAUGAGUGCAGAAGACGGCAGUGGCAAAGGAUCAGCCCUGACAGCUGCCAUUGCUGCUCGCAUUGCCCACCGGAGCUAAUAGCUGCAAGACGCAGAUGCAAUAGAGUAAGAGUUUGAGUUAGAAUUGAAACUAGCCGGGCUAAAGGAAGAAAAUAAUGAGGCGUAACAAUCGAACGGAAAGGUACUGUGCUUGUUUAAUUCAACUGGACGUUAAGUUCAAUUGUUUAGCUGAAUCACAUAUUUUAUGGGUACAUUAUCUUAUUUCUUUGUAUCGUCUCGUUGGCGCUUUUUAGUUAGGUUGUGAAAAAAAUAUUUUGGUUUUACGAUGAUUUGGUUGUACAUAAUGGAUUUGGCAUGUAUUCGCCUAAUCAGUUGUAGUAACCAUAGGUACUUUUAAAAAUUUUCUUUAUAAAUAAACCCCGUAUUCAUAGAACCAAUUGCAAGAUUAGAAGAGGCUUGCAAAUCGCCGAUAUGUUUGACUUUUUGACUGACAAGACUCUCAAACAACUAUUAGUUAAACCUUUUGCAACCUAGAAAGUAUAUUUUAAACACAAAUGUAGCCCUGAGAGCAGCUGUAUAGAAUAGUAAUAAGUACAUAAUACGUAGUAAAGCAAUUGAUAUAUUAUUUUGGGUCGCAAAAGCACAUAUUUAAUAUGGAUACUGUGACUAUGUACAUGUGGCAUUUAAAAAUGAUGAUGAUUUAUAAUACAGGGACAAUGUAUUUUUUGUAAAUGGGAGUUAUCUGGAUAUAUGUAUAGAAAUACUUCUUUGAGUAUUGCGUACGCCUGAAUAUUUUAUUUUAUAUUGUUUAUAAAAAUUGGGACAGAAAUACACAAAUAACACAUAACUAUUAAACAUUAUAUUUACAACAAAAUACUCUAGAUUAUAGUUAGGUAUCUAGUUAAAUAAUAUGAAACAUAUCGUGCCAUACUCAUUAUAUUUAUAUUAUUUACUUGUAAAUAAGUAUAUUUUUUGUAGCUGAGUACAAAAGGGUACCUACUUUAAGUUUAAGUAUGAAUUAAACUAUUUUUAUAAAUCAAGGUAAUAUUCCAUAAAAUUUCCUUGAUAUGUUAAGUAUCUAGAUAAUAAUGAGUAAGUCGGGAAUAGUGCAAUGCACUCUUUUGUUGUUGUUAUAGUAAGUAGGUUUGUCUUUUAGUUUUUUUGUUAUCUAUAUUUUUUACUUUUUGUGAAAACAUAUUAUAUGUAGAAUGGUCACGAUCAUGAAUAAAUCUAUCUUAUUUUACAAUAUUUUUAAGAGUUUGAUACAAAUAUACUGUUAUGUUUUACUGUUA